CGUACUUCUGGUUCAUUCUUACUUUGAUGGUCUACCAACACAGUCGUAUAUAAAAUAUAUCAGUAUCAUCUGUAUAUAGAAAGCCAUAAGCGAUCACAAAGUUAGCCGCCUAGGUUCCAUAGUAAAUUAAGCUACGAGUCGCAACGAGUUGUGAGUCGUCUGAUCGUCUGAGUAAUAUCGCGGAUCGCGGCUGGCUGGCGUAUGUGACUGUGGUUAUUGUAAAAAUGUCGUCGUAGUUGAUAAUUGUGUAGACGUAAAUAAAAACUCGUAAUAUGUCUGAUCGGGUCGGCAGUCGCGUGGGAGCAUCACCAGAGAAGGGUGAUAAUUUUAUUUUAUCAUCGUCACCUGAAUGUCAGAAGCCGUCUUGUGCUAUUUGUAACAAAACAGAUAAAUUGCAACGGUGCUCUAGGUGUAAAAAUAUUUUUUAUUGUUCAAAAGAUCAUCAGAAAUCGGACUGGCGAAAGCACAAAGUUGAUUGUGUUGAUGGUUCAUCGUCGUCGUCUACAUCAUCCUCGCGUUUGUCACCUACACAAUCCCUGGUUACAGAUGAUGCUGUAGUUGGCUUUUGUGAUAAAGAUAAUCGUAGUAAAGUUGAACCUUCAUUGAGCCACGGAUCAUUAAAUCGUCUGACAAGCACUGGAGCAUUGGCUAACCUAAAUAGCAAUAACGAGGUUUUGUCACGGCUACAACAACGGCAAGAACCAGAGGAAACGUCAGCAGUUUAUGUGGAUGAAAAAAAUGAUAAAUGUACUCGUGAGUUAGAUAAUUUAAAAGAAGGUAACAUUGAAUCGGAAAAACGCAGUGAAAAUAUCGCGCCAGCAAAAAGAAAAUUAAAAUCUAAUGGAAAUUCACCGGAAGAAAAAGAAUGUAAGGAUGUUAAAAGUUUACCGGAAAAUUUAGAUGAACAUAUAUUAAGUGCUACUGCUAAAUUAAUGAAUCGUAUUCCAUCGGUUAAAAUUUCAAAUCCAAGUGAAAAAACAGACGGUGUUGUUUCUGAUACGUCAUUGCAGCACGACGCAAUGAAGAACUUUCCGGAAGUUGUGUUGAGAAGAGAUCUAGAUUUUAUUUCACCUUUUGUGUGCAGAGAUCGUAAUAAUGGUGACAGUACUCUUGAAGGCAUCUGUAAAAAUGUUAUUAGAGACAUGAAUAUAUAUGGAGUUUGUGUUGUCGAUGGUUUUCUCGGUCGCGAAAAGGGACUUUCGGUAUUGUCUGAAGUAUUGAGCAUGUACGAUUCUGGGAUGUUUCAAGCCGGGCAAUUGGUGUCUAAUAAAGCUAGUCUUAGAAAUUCACAGUCAAUUAGAGGUGAUAAGAUACUAUGGAUUGAUGGAAAGGAAAAGGAGUGUAAAAAUAUUGGCAUGCUUAUUUCACAAGUCGAUGCUAUUAUUGUAAAAGCGAAUAAAAUGCAUUCAAAUGGUGUUUUGUCAAACUACACCAUCAAUGGUAGAACUAAGGCAAUGUUAGCAUGUUAUCCUGGCGAUGGUUCUCAUUAUGUUAAACAUGUAGAUAAUCCAAAUAGUGAUGGCAGAUGCAUUACUGCUAUUUAUUACCUCAAUGUUAAUUGGAAUACUAUUGAAAAUGGAGGAUUGUUGAGAAUAUUCCCUGAAGGUUGGAAAGAUCAAGUAGCAAACAUUGAACCGCUUUUUGACAGAAUUAUUUUCUUCUGGUCGGAUAGAAGAAAUCCACAUGAGGUACAGCCUGCAUAUAAAACUAGAUACGCUAUAACUCUAUGGUAUUUCGAUGCCGCGGAACGAUCCCGUGCUUGUCAGAAAUAUGAAAAAGAAAAAGAUAAACGAAAUCCCUUAAGUUAAUUUUAAAAAAUAAAAAUAUGUGAUGCCGUUUGUAAUUAAUUACUUUACAAUACUAAAAUAAUUAUUUUGUUGUGAUUAUUUACUACUAAUAGGAAAUCACUCUUCCACUCAAACAAUCGAAAGAAAAAAAAUUUAAUUGAAUAAUAGAAAUAAAUAAAUAAAUAUAAAAGGUGUAAAUAAUUCUAUACACUAAAAAAACACGUGAUUAAACACAUCACAAGUAUUAUUGAAUAAAAAAAAAAUAUAUUGUCGUUUAAUAAAUGUGCAGGAAUUAAGUGAUGUUUAGCAGCAUGUUAACAUUUAAUUCAGUAUGAUAUACGUUCAAUUAAAAAAGUGCAAUGAACCCUAAUGCUAAUUUUUUUUUCUCUAUUUUAGUAUUCAACAUUACGUAAAUUUAAAUUUUAUCUAUUUAUAUUACAUGUAUUCCUACUUCUUUUAUUUGUUGACUUGGAAUUUAUAUAUUUUUUUUUUGUUCAACUCAGUACUUCGCCUUUCAUCACUAUUUAAACUGAUCCUGCUGAUAAUAAUUAGAUAGAAUAAAUAAAUUAAAUUUGUAUUAACUUUAUUAGUCCAGUCUUAUAAAUAAUAUUUUAAAUACUCGCCAUUAGUUUUAUUAAUGGCCAGUAAUUUAAAUUAUUUAAACUCUCCAGUUAGUUAAUUAAUUGACUAUUUAAAUUAACUUAGUUAUUUUAGAUUUGUAAUAUUAUUCUGUACAUUAAGAUUGUGAGAAUAUAUAAAAAAAAAAAAAAAUGCAAAAUAAGUAAGAUAGUGUAAAGAUAAAAUUUUAAAUAAAAAUAAAUUGCGAUAUUUUUUUCAAAAUUUAUGUAUUUUUCCUACGAUAUGUAUGAUAGAUUUAUUUAUUAUAAUAAUUA